AUGUGUCGAAAUCUUUCAAAAUAUACUCUCAUCUUCCUCUUCAUAGCUCUGUCUGUGAUCAUCUUUCUAUUUCGUAACAUAAACUCCUUUGAGAACUGGAACUGCCACACCAUCUCGGCACUCUACCAGCUCCAGAGCCGGAUCCAGACCUCUUUCAACCCGGUGUCUCUACCCACAUUCUACCAAAACCGUAGUUUCUGCUCGCACCUGGGACAGCGUCCGUCUGCAGAGGAUGAACUGGAGGAGCGCUACCUUCUGGACUCCAUCCUCUGGCCUGUGUCCUCCCAUCAGCCUUGGCAUCUCCCCUUACGCCUCACCACAGACCCGGGGCACAGCCUGUUCGCCAUACUCCCCUCUAAAUCGGGACGCAAGUGGCAUUUGGGAGACCAGCUGGAGGCUCUGGUGCAAGUACAUGACUUCCAGGGGAGGCCCAAGCAUUACGGGGGAGACUUUCUUCUGGCCAGACUUCACUCUCCGGAGCAGGGGGCAGGGGUAGCUGGGACAGUGCUGGACCAUAAGAACGGCUUCUAUUCAGCCAAGUUCCCGCUUCUCUGGACCGGCUCGGCUCAGGUCGAGAUCACAUUAGUGCAUUCAAGCGAAGCUGUCACCGUGCUGCAGCGCCUGAGAGAAGAACGUUCGGAUAGAGUGUUCUUUAAGAGCUUAUUUCGAUUGGGAUUUUUGUCGGAGACCACGGUGUGCAACCUGUGCCUGCCUCCUGACCAGCAGCCUUUGUGUAACUAUACUGACUUGCACACCGGAGAGCCAUGGUUCUGCUACAAGCCCAAGAUGCUGGGCUGUGACACCCGAGUCAACCACGCCAAGGGGGGCUACCUGAAACAUCUCAUCACCAAUAAUGAGGCUCUGCUCUUCCAGAGUGGAGUUAACCUCAAAGUUUACAUUCAUGCGUCAGGCCCAGAUAGAAUCACUGUCCUUCCUCCACUCAAAGAUAACGUGCAAAUUGAAAGUGACACUCAAUACCCAGAGCCGGCCAAAAUAGGCCCCUCUGGAUAUUACUAUGAAGACCGCUGGAAGCCGGUAAACGGGUUUCAAAUACGGCAGUUCAAUGACUCAGCCAACGUCACCCAGUGUUUGAGGAACAAAAUGAUCUACAUGUACGGGGACUCUACCGUGCGGCAGUGGUUUGAAUACCUCACUGACUUAGCACCCGAUAUAAAGGAGUUCAACCUACACAGUCCUAAGAACGUGGGGCCGUUCAUGGCGGUGGACAGCGCGCACAACAUCCUGCUGAAGUACCGCUGCCACGGCCCGCCCAUCCGCUUCACCACCGUUAUGUCCAGCGAGCUCCGCUACAUCUCCAAUGAGCUGGACGGCCUCACAGGGAGCCCCAACACCGUGGUGGUCCUCAGCAUCUGGGCCCACUUCAGUACCUUCCCCGUGGAGGUCUACAUCAGGCGGCUACGGCACGUUCGGAGGGCCGUGCUGAGGCUGUUGGACAGGGCGCCUGGGACGAUGGUGGUGGUGCGCACAGCCAACCUCCAGGCUCUAGACCAGGAAGUGAGUCUGUUCAAUAGUGACUGGUUCUCGCUGCAGCUGGACCAGGUGCUCAGGGCCAUGUUUAAGGGCCUCAACGUGCUCGUGAUCGACGCUUGGCAGAUGACGCAGGCGCACCACCUCCCACACGCGCUCCACCCGCCUCCAGCAAUUGUGAAAAACAUGGUUGACAUGUUGUUGUCCUACAUCUGUCCCGAAAAGAAAAGCCAUAUAAAAUAG